AUGGGCAACGAGGCGAGCUUGGAAGGGGAAGGGCUCCCCGAAGGGCUGGCGGCGGCUGCGGCCGGAGGAGGGGCCGGCGGGGCGGGGACCCCUUUGCACACCGUGAUCCCGGCCGGCAUGGAGGCGGAUCUGAGCCAGCUGAGCGAAGAGGAAAGGAGACAGAUCGCUGCUGUCAUGUCAAGGGCGCAGGGGCUGCCCAAGGGAAGCGUUCCCCCGGCCGCUGCGGAGUCGCCUUCCAUGCACAGGAAACAAGAGUUGGAUAGUAGUCAUUCUCCAAAGCAACCAGGAAAACCUCCAGACCCAGGGCGUCCAGCUCAGCCUGGUCUCAGUAAAAGUAGAACUACAGAUACUUUCAGGUCAGAGCAGAAAUUACCUGGAAGGAGUCCUUCCACUAUUAGCUUGAAAGAAUCAAAGUCCAGAACUGACUUUAAAGAAGAGCACAAGUCUAGCAUGAUGCCUGGUUUCCUCUCUGAAGUUAAUCCUUUAAGUGCUGUAUCCUCUGUUGUAAAUAAAUUCAACCCUUUUGAUUUAAUAUCAGACUCUGAGGUAUCCCAGGAAGAAGCCACCAAGAAACAAAAAGUAGCUCAAAAGGAACAGGGAAAACCGGAAGGAAUCACAAAACCUCCACCACAGCAACAGUCACCCAAGGCAGUUCCCAAGCAGCAAGGACCUGUUAAGGACCCACUUCAGCAGGAUGGCUUUCCCAAAUCAGCAUCUUCUCAGCAGCCAGAAAAAAUUAAACCACAACCCCCUGCUACAGGAAAGCCAGUUCAGGGGCCUGCCCAGCUUGCUCAGACAGACACAGCAAAAUCACCACUUCAGCGAGAUGCAGCCAGGCCUCAAACGAAGCAGUCAGACACAGUAAGGGGAGAACCAGUAAAACCCACACAGCAGAGCCCAUCCAAAUCACCUGUUCAGCAAGCAACUUCUGGAAAAUCUCCAGCCCAGCAGCUUGGACCUGAAAAAACACAGCCUGGGGCUACAAAGCCUGCAGUCCAGCAACCAGGGCUGGUGAAGACCCUCACUCAACAGCAAGGGACAGUGAAACCCUUGGCCCAUCCGCCAGGGACAACAAAGCCUCCAUCUCAGCAGGCUGGGUCAGAGAAGCCUUCAUCUCAGCCUGGGCCAAAGUCUCCAGCCCAGCAGCCUGGUACACCAAAACCCCCAGGUCAACAACCUGGACCACAGUCUCCAGCUAAGCCAUCAGGGCCAGGAAAGACUCCAGUUCAGCCGCCUGGGCCAGGAAAGGCUCCAGCUCAGCAGCCUGGGCCAGGAAAGACUCCAGCUCAGCAGCCUACCCCUGCAAAGCCCCCACCUCAGCAGCCUGGCCCAGCUAAGCCUCCACCUCAGCAGCCUGCCCCAGCUAAGCCCCCACCUCAGAAGCCUAGCCAGGCAAAGCCCCCACCUCAGCAGCCUGGCCCAGCAAAGCCCUCAGCAUAUCAGUCUACAAAACCAGUAAGCCAAAUGGUAACUGAGAAACCUCCACAACCACCACCAACUUCUCCAUCUGUAGCACAGACUCCAGUACAAGGCCCAAGUAAAACCAUCUGUCCUCUUUGCAAUACCACUGAGCUUCUGUUGCACGAUCCAGAAAAGGCCAAUUUUAACACAUGCACUGAGUGUCAGACCACGGUCUGUAGCCUCUGUGGUUUUAAUCCAAAUCCUCAUUUAACCAAGGUUAAAGAGUGGCUCUGUUUAAACUGUCAGAUGCAAAGGGCUCUAGGAGGCGAACUGGCUCCAAUUCCAUCAUCACCCCAGCCCAAACAGAAGACUGCCCCUGUUGCUCCUACAACAGCGAGCAAAUCAACCCCACUGCCACCGCAGAGUUCCCCAAAGAAGGAUGCACCACUCAAACAGGAUACAGCAAAGGCCCCUGAGUCGAAAAAGCCCCCACUAGUGAAACAACCAACCCUUCAGGGCUCCCCUGCAGCCCCAGCCAAGCAGCCGCCUGUGGAGGAGCCCUCCUCCAAGCCAUCCCUUCCCAAAAACCCUUCUGUUCCUACAGCUGAGCAGGUCAAAGCCUCCACAGCUGAGGAGAAAUCAAAGCAACCCAAGACCAUAAAGCCACCUGCAGACAUUCAGUCUUCAGCAGAAGGAACAGCCAGGAAACCUGAUGCUCGGAUCUCCCAAGUACAGGCUCAGGCUCCAGAGAGCACAGCCCCUCCAGUGAAAACAGACUCUGCCAAACCCUCUCAGAGUUUUCCACCAGCAGGAGAAAAAGUCACCCCAUUUGAUUCUAAAGUCAUGCCUCGACCUGCAUCAGAUUCAAAAAUAAUUUCACAUCCUGGGCCUAGUUCAGAAAGCAAAGAUCAAAAACGAGUGGAUCCAGCUCAAAAGAAGGAAGAGCCUAAGAGAGCACCAACCAAAACGACCCCUAAACCAGAUGCCAAGCCUGUGCCAAAAGGGUCACCGGCACCCCCUGGCCCAAGACCUUCCACUGGCCAAACUGCUCCUGCAUCUCCGCAGCCCCCCAAACCUCAGGAGCAGUCGAGACGCUUCAGUCUGAACCUGGGCAGUAUUACUGAUGCGCCACGAUCACAGCCCACAACUCCUCAGGAAACUGUGACUGGGAAACUCUUUGGGUUUGGAGCAUCCUUCUUCAGCCAGGCAUCAAAUUUAAUUUCCACAGCUGGCCAGACUGGACCUCAGCCACAAGGAGGGCCCACAGCCCCAACAAAACAAGCCGCUCCCCCACCCCAGCCCCCAGCUUCUAAGGGGCCACCCAAACCUGCAGGCCAGGCACCACCUGCACCUGAAAAGGCCAUAUCUGUGAAAAAGGAAAUGAAAGCUCCAGUAGCUGAAAAAUUAGAGCCCAAAGCUGAACAGGCUCCAACAACCAGAAGAACAGAAACAGACAAGAAGCCCCCACCUGUUAAGGAUAGCAAACCUUCAACAGCCGAGUCCCAAAAGUCUGUCCUUCCAGACAAGUUGGAGAAAACCACCAAACCCAAACCAGCCUGCCCUCUCUGCAAAACUGAACUCAACAUAGGUUCUCAGGAUCCUCCUAAUUUCAACACUUGCACUGAAUGCAAGAAUCAAGUGUGUAAUCUCUGUGGAUUUAACCCGACACCCCACUUGACUGAGAUUCAAGAAUGGCUUUGUUUAAAUUGCCAAACCCAGAGAGCAAUAUCAGGACAGCUAGGAGACAUGGGCAAAACACCAAGUAUACCAGCAGGAUCCAAAGCCUCUCCGGUACCUGUCCCUGCAGAACCACCAUCUCAGAAAACAGCAGUGCCUGCCCAAGUAAAAGUAAAAAAGAAGGAACCAGAAGUAAAAGUUGAAGCUGAAAAACUUAUUCCAGAAAAAGUAAAAGAAAUACCUUCAAUUGAAAAAAUUCUGCCUAAAGGAACCACAGAUCAAAAACAAGAAGAGAGUAAACUAAAGAAAGAUGUUGUUUCAACCCUUCAAGAAAAAAAGCUACCUUCCAAAGAAGAAAAACCCCUCUCAGAAGAAAAAGUAUUAAUCCCCGAGGAAAAGCAGCCAACCUCUGAAGACAAUAAGUUACCCCCAGAAGCAAAAUCAUUGGUUGUAGAAGAGAAAGACAAACAUGAGGUACUCAAAGCUGAAGGACAGACUGCUGAAGAAACACAUGAAAGCAGAGUGUCUCCAGAGGCAGUCCAAGAAGAAAAGCAACCACAGGCCCAAAUGGAAGAUUUGCCACCUGGUACACAGAGUUUGCCCAAGGAAGAAGUUAAAAUAACUGCAAAAAUGAAAGAACAGCCACAAGCAGCAGGCAUCACAAAAUCUGAUCAGGUGGAACCUGGGAAAGAAAAAACAGAAAAGGAAGAGGACAAAUCAGACACCUCAAGUUCUCAGCAGCCUAAAAGCCCACAAGGCCUGAGUGACACGGGAUAUUCUUCUGAUGGAAUAUCAGGUUCACUUGGUGAAAUUCCAAGUCUUAUUCCAAGUGAUGAAAAGGAUUUGCUUAAGGGACUCAAAAAGGACUCUUUUUCACAAGAAAGCAGUCCUUCCAGCCCCUCAGACUUAGCUAAGUUAGAAAGUACAGUCCUGUCUAUUCUGGAAGCUCAGGCAAGUGCACUUGAUGAAAAGUCAGAAAAGAAAGCACAACCCCAGGAGGUUUCUCCUGAGCAGCCUGCGGACCAGCUGAAAAUGCAGAUUUCUUCAGAAACACUGGAAGUUACUGUUCCAGAAGAGGAGCUCAAGGAGACUCAAGAAGAAAAGAAGGAGACUUCCAAAAAGGAUGGCCAACAAGCCAUUCCUUCUAGUAAGGACCCUAAAGAAAAGUCUGAGUUUUUCGAUGAUGUACCUACGAGAAGACAGCCCUAUGAUUCAGUUGAUGACAGUAGUGAAAGCGAAAACUCACCUGUCCCACAAAGAAAACGGAGAACUAGUGUUGGCUCAUCGAGCAGUGAAGAGUACAAACAGGAAGACAGUCAAGGGUCCGGGGAAGACGAGGACUUCAUUCGAAAGCAAAUCAUAGAAAUGAGCGCUGAUGAAGAUGCUUCUGCUUCAGAAGAUGACGAGUUCAUCCGAAACCAGCUCAAAGAGCUGAGCAGUAUCACUGAGAGCCACAAGAAGGAGGAAAUGAAGGGGAAAGGGAAAGCUACUGCAGGGAAACACAGACGACUGACUCGAAAAAGUAGUGCAAGCUUCGAUGAUGAUGCAGGGAGGCGUCAUUCGUGGCACGAUGAGGAUGAUGAGACAUUUGACGAAAGUCCAGAGCUGAAAUACAGAGAAACUAAAAGUCAGGAAAGCGAAGAACUUGUAGUUGCUGGAGGAGGCGGGCUCCGUCGAUUUAAAACAAUUGAACUGAACAGCACCAUAGCAGAUAAAUAUUCGGCAGAGCCAUCGCAGAAAAAAGCAACUUUGUAUUUUGACGAAGAGCCAGAAUUGGAAAUGGAAAGCUUGACAGAUUCACCAGAAGACAGGUCCAGGGGAGAAGGGUCUUCUAGUCUUCAUGCUUCCAGCUUCACUCCUGGUACAUCUCCUACAUCUGUGUCCUCACUUGAUGAGGACAGUGACAGUAGCCCAAGUCACAAAAAAGGAGAAAGCAAACAGCAACGCAAAGCCCGGCACAGAUCACAUGGCCCUCUGUUACCUACCAUUGAAGAUUCUUCAGAAGAAGAAGAAUUGAGAGAGGAAGAAGAAUUAUUAAAAGAGCAAGAAAAACAGCGGGAAUUAGAACAGCAACAAAGAAAGAGUUCUAGUAAGAAAUCAAAGAAAGACAAAGAUGAACUUCGAGCUCAGAGGAGGAGGGAAAGACCAAAGACUCCACCCAGUAAUCUCUCUCCCAUAGAAGAUGCGUCUCCAACCGAAGAAUUACGCCAAGCAGCAGAAAUGGAGGAGCUCCAUAGGUCUUCAUGUUCUGAAUACUCACCUAGCAUAGAAUCAGACCCAGAAGGUUUUGAAAUCAGCCCAGAAAAAAUAAUAGAAGUACAGAAAGUUUAUAAAUUGCCCACAGCUGUGUCUUUAUACUCUCCAACAGAUGAGCAAUCUAUUAUGCAGAAAGAAGGUGGUCAAAAGGCAUUAAAAAGUGCUGAGGAGAUGUAUGAAGAAAUGAUGCAUAAAACCCACAAAUAUAAAGCUUUUCCAACUGCAAAUGAACGAGAUGAGGUGUUUGAAAAAGAGCCUUUGUAUGGUGGGAUGCUAAUAGAGGAUUACAUUUAUGAAUCUUUAGUAGAGGACACAUACAAUGGGUCAGUAGAUGGCAGUCUGCUAACAAGGCCAGAAGAAGAAAAUGGAUUCAUACAGCAGAGAGGAAGAGAGCAAAAAAUUAGACUCUCAGAACAGAUUUAUGAAGAUCCCAUGCAGAAAAUUACAGAUCUCCAGAAAGAGUUUUAUGAAUUGGAAAGUUUGCAUUCUCUUGUGCCUCAAGAAGACAUUGUUUCAAGCUCUUACAUCAUUCCAGAAAGCCAUGAGAUAGUAGAUCUGGGUGCUAUGGUCACUUCUACCAGUGAAGAAAAAAAAUUAUUAGAUGCUGAUGCUGCCUAUGAAGAACUCAUGAAGCGGCAACAGAUGCAGUUAACACCUGGAUCCAGCCCCACCCAGCCCCCACUAGGGGAUGACAUGACAGAGUCCACCAUGGACUUUGACAGGGUGCCAGAUGCAUCUUUGACAUCAAGUGUUCUCUCAGGAGCAUCACUUACAGAUUCAACCAGCAGUGCAACACUCUCUAUUCCAGAUGUUAAAAUAACCCAACACUUUUCAACAGAUGAAAUUGAGGAUGAAUAUGUAACUGAUUAUACAAGAGAAAUUCAAGAAAUAAUUGCCCAUGAAUCACUGAUUUUGACUUACUCUGAGCCUUCAGAAAGUGCAACAUCUGUCCCACCUUCUGAUACACCUUCUCUCACAUCAUCUGUUUCUUCAGUUUGUACCACAGAUAGCUCCUCACCUAUUGCUACCUUGGACAGUAUAACCACAGUUUAUGCAGAGCCAGUGGACAUCAUAACUAAAUUUGAGGAUUCUGAGGAAAUUUCUUCAUCGACCUAUUUUCCAGGCAGCAUUAUAGACUAUCCAGAAGAAAUAAGUGUAUCUUUAGAUAGAACCACCACACCAGGAGGUAGAGCUAGUGCUGAUCACGUUGUUAUUCCCUUAUCUGAUGAAGUACCUUCUAUCACAGAAUCUGUAGGAACUAAACCUGAGGAGCCAACUGCUGACACUAUUUCCACUGACUUAUCUAUAUCUGAAAAAGAGCCAGUGAAAAAAGCCAAGAAGGAAACUGAGAAUGGAAUGAUUCUGGAAGUUUUGGAAGCUUAUGAAGAUAAAACAAAAGAGUCUGAGGCUGAACUAACAAAAAUUAGCUUAUCUGAACCUAUGUUUGACCAACUACCUUCCUCUACAACAGCCUUUCCAAUGAAGGAGCAGCUUUCGUCUACCUACUUUUUACCCAGAGAUGUCUUUGGCCAGGAAAAACCUCCAUCACAGUUACCAUCUGGCAGUCCUUCUGCUCCUUCUCUUCCAACUAAAUCUCGUCCAUUCCUCCGAAGUUCUUCUUUGGACAUAUCAGCACAACCUCCUCCCCCUCCUCCACCUCCACCUCCUCCUCCCCCACCCCCUCCCCCUCCCCCUCCUCCCCCACCUCUCCCCCCACCAACCUCACCUAAACCAACUAUUCAUCCUAAAAAAAAGCUCACAGUUGCAGCUCCAGUGACUCCAGUUACUCCUGCUACACCUCUGGCUGAUGCUAUUACUACUAUAGGGGCACCAAUUGUUCAGAGGGGUGAUGAGUUACCGGUAACAAAAAUAUGUACCUCUGCCCCUCCUCCUGUCCCUCCUAAGCCUUCUUCAAUUCCAUCUGGACUUGUAUUUACACAUAGGCCUGAGCCAAGCAAACCUCCAAUUGCCCCCAAACCAGUAGUUCCUCAGCAACCAGUAACUGCACAAAAACCAACAGAUACAUAUCCCAAACCAACAGGUCUAUCUUUAACUUCAAGUAUGACCUUAAAUUUAGUGACCUCAGCAGAUUAUAAAUUGCCUUCCCCUACCUCCCCACUUUCCCCACACUCUAACAAAUCUUCACCAAGAUUUUCCAAAUCCCUCAUGGAAACCUAUGUGGUUAUUACACUGCCAUCUGAACCUGGAACUCCAACAGAUUCUUCAGCUAGUCAAGCAAUUACCAGUUGGCCCCUGGGAUCACCCCCAAAAGAUCUGGUUUCCAUUGAACCAGUGUUUUCUGUAGUUCCUCCUAUAACAUCUACAGAAAUUCCAAGUUCUCAGGAAAUGCUAUACAUUUCAGGAGCUUUGGAGACAUUCUCUGCUGCCCCUGUUGUAACACCAUCUUCAUUUCAAGCAGCUCCAACUUCAGUUACACAGUUUCACACAACUGAGGUCUCCAAGGCUGAGGUUUCAGUUGCUAGAAGUAUAGCCCCUAGUGUUGGUCCCAGCAGUGUUUCUAUAUCAAUUCCUCCAGAGCCUCUUGCUCUAGAUAGCCUACAUUCAGAGAAGCAUCAGUACAAGGAAAACGGAAAGUUGCAACUUGUUGGUGAUGUCAUUGAUUUGCGUACAGUACCAAAAGUAGAAGUUAAAGCAACUGAAAAAUGUAUGGAUCUUUCUGCUUCUGCAAUGGAUGUGAGGAGACAGACCACAGCAAAUGAAGUUUAUGGUAGACAAAUUAGUGCUGUUCAACCUUCCAUUAUAAACCUCAGUGCAACUUCAUCAGUUGUGACACCAGUAUCCCUGGACACUGAGACAGUGACUAUUGCUGCAUGCACAGCUACUACAAGUUAUACUACAGUCACAGAAAGCCUAAUGAGUAUAGAACAUACAAUGACAGCACCACUCCAGCUUACUAAAACAAAGCAUGCUGAGUCCCCAUACAGGAUGCCAAUUAGCCAGGCCUUUGCUGCAGUUAGAGAGGAAGCUCCAAUCAACUUAUCUCUAAGUACUUCAGCACAUGCAGUAACAUCGGCCAUUACAAAACCUGUCACUGUGCCUCCUGUUGGUGUCACAAAUGGAUGGACUGAUAGUAUUACAUCUCAGGGGAUCACUGAUGGGGAAGUGGUGGAUCUCAGUACAACAAAGUCUCAUAGAACUGUUGUAACAAUGGACGAAUCUACUUCAAGUGUAGUGACCAAAAUAAUAGAAGAUGAUGAAAAACCUGUGGAUUUGACUGCAGGAAGAAGAGCAGUGUGCUGUGACAUGGUUUAUAAGUUACCUUUUGGAAGGAGCUGUACAGCACAGCAGCCUGCAACUACUCUGCCUGAGGAUCGCUUUGGUUAUAGAGAUGACCACUAUCAAUAUGACCGUUCAGGGCCAUAUGGUUACAAAGGGAUUGGUGGAAUGAAACCUUCUAUGUCUGACACUAACUUAGCAGAUGCUGGACAUUUCUUCUAUAAAAGUAAGAAUGCUUUUGAUUAUUCUGGAGGAACUGAUGCAGCAGUAGAUCUAACUUCAGGGAGAAUUACUACAGGUGAGGUAAUGGAUUAUUCAAGCAAGACUACAGGUCCAUAUCCAGAAACAAGACAAGUCAUUUCAGGAGUUGGAAUUAGUACUCCACAGUAUUCCACAGCAAGAAUGACUCCACCUCCAGCACCCCAAUAUGGUGUGGGCAGUGUUUUGAGGUCAUCUAAUGGUGUUGUCUAUUCUUCAGUAGCAACUCCGAUCCCCUCCACAUUUGCCAUUACCACACAACCUGGCUCUAUUUUCAGCACCACUGUGAGGGAUUUGUCUGGUAUUCAUACAACUGAUUCAGUGACUUCAUUAUCUGCCCUGCACCAGAGCCAGCCUAUGGCUAGAUCAUAUUUCAUAACAACAGGUGCAUCCGAAACAGACAUUGCAGUGACUGGUAUUGAUAUCAAUGCCAGCUUGCAAACUAUUACUAUGGAAACCCUCACUGCUGAGACAGUAGACUCUGUUCCCACUUUAACCACAGCAUCUGAAAUAUUUUCUGAAAUGGUGGGAGAUGAAAGCACUCUUUUAAUUGUCCCUGGAGAAGACAAACAGCAGCAGCAACUUGACUUAGAGCGUGAGCUCCUAGAACUGGAGAAAAUUAAGCAACAGCGCUUUGCUGAGGAACUAGAGUGGGAGCGACAGGAAAUUCAAAGGUUCCGAGAACAAGAAAAGAUCAUGGUUCAAAAAAAGCUGGAGGAGCUGCAGUCUAUGAAGCAGCACCUUCUCUAUCAGCAAGAAGAAGAGCGGCAGGCCCAGUUCAUGAUGAGGCAGGAGACACUAGCCCAGCAGCAAUUACAGCUCGAGCAGAUCCAGCAGCUGCAACAACAGCUUCACCAGCAGCUAGAGGAGCAGAAGAUUCGCCAGAUCUACCAGUAUAAUUAUGACCCUUCUGGAACUGCUUCCCCACAAACUACUACAGAGCAGGCAAUUUUGGAAGGUCAGUAUGCUGCCCCAGAAGGUGGUCAGUUUUGGGCAACUGAAGAUGCAACGACCACAGCUUCCACUGUAGUGGCCAUUGAGAUACCACAGAGUCAAGGAUGGUACACUGUCCAGUCUGAUGGUGUCACACAGUACAUUGCCCCACCUGGCAUCCUGAGUACUGUCUCAGAAAUACCACUAACAGAUGUUGUUGUAAAAGAGGAAAAACCACCCAAAAAGAGAAGUUCUGGAGCGAAAGUCCGGGGACAGUAUGAUGAGAUGGGGGAAAGUAUGGCAGACGAUCCCCGAAGUUUUAAAAAAAUAGUGGACAGUGGUGUACAAACAGACGAUGAAGAUGCUGCUGAUCGGAGCUGUGCAAGCAGGAGAAGGAGAACUAGAAAAAGCGUUGAUACCAGUGUCCAAACUGAUGAUGAAGAUCAGGACGAGUGGGACAUGCCCGCUCGGUCAAGGAGAAAGGCUCGGGCAGGGAAAUAUGGUGACAGCACAGCAGAGGCUGACAAGACCAAACCCCCUUCUAAAGUCUCCAGCAUAGCGGUCCAGACAGUAGCAGAGAUAUCUGUGCAAACUGAACCAGUUGGAACCAUAAGAACACCUUCCGUACGAGCUCGAGUGGACGCUAAGGUAGAAAUAAUUAAACACAUUUCAGCACCUGAAAAGACUUACAAAGGGGGCAGUUUAGGAUGUCAAACAGAAGCAGAUUCAGACACACAAAGUCCUCAAUAUCUGAGUGCCACAUCUCCACCCAAAGACAAGAAACGCCCAACACCUUUAGAGAUUGGUUAUUCAACUCACCUUCGGGCAGAUUCCACACUCCAGCUGGCUCCUUCCCCUCCCAAAUCUCCAAAAGUCCUUUAUUCACCCAUCUCACCACUUUCAUCAGGCAAAGCCUUAGAAUCAGCCUUUGUACCUUAUGAAAAACCCCUCCCUGAUGAUAUAAGUCCACAGAAAGUACUGCAUCCAGAUAUGGCUAAAGUUCCCCCAGCAAGUCCUAAGACAGCCAAGAUGAUGCAGCGUUCUAUGUCUGACCCCAAGCCUCUGAGUCCAACAGCAGACGAAAGUUCCAGGGCUCCUUUUCAGUAUACCGAGGGCUUCACGACCAAAGGUUCUCAAACCAUGACACCCUCUGGUUCCCAGAAGAAAGUUAAGAGAACUCUGCCAAAUCCACCUCCUGAGGAAGCUUCCACAGGAACUCCAUCGACCUUCAGCACAAUGGGCACUGUGUCCAGGAGAAGGAUCUGCAGAACCAACACCAUGGCUCGAGCCAAGAUUCUCCAGGACAUAGACAGAGAGCUUGAUCUUGUAGAAAGGGAAUCUGCAAAGCUCAGAAAGAAACAAGCAGAACUGGAUGAAGAAGAAAAGGAGAUUGAUGCCAAAUUGCGAUAUCUGGAAAUGGGAAUUAACAGGAGAAAAGAGGCUUUAUUAAAGGAGAGGGAAAAGAGGGAGCGAGCAUACCUCCAGGGGGUAGCUGAGGAUCGUGAUUACAUGUCUGACAGUGAAGUCAGCAGCACCAGGCCAACCCGAAUUGAAAGUCAGCAUGGCAUUGAGCGACCAAGAACUGCCCCCCAAACUGAAUUCAGCCAGUUCAUACCACCACAGACACAAACAGAUUCUCAGCUGGUCCCUCCAACGAGUCCUUACACACAAUACCAGUAUUCUUCCCCUGCUCUUCCUACCCAAGCACCCACCCCAUACACCCAACAAUCCCAUUUUCAGCAACAAACUCUGUACCAUCAGCAAGUUUCACCUUAUCAAACCCAACCGACUUUCCAAGCGGUGGCAACAAUGUCUUUUACACCCCAAGCUCAACCUACACCAACCCCACAACCAUCUUACCAGCUACCAUCACAGAUGAUGGUGAUACAACCGAAGCCACGGCAAACCACAUUGUAUUUAGAGCCCAAGAUAACUUCAAACUACGAAGUGAUUCGCAAUCAACCCCUGAUGAUAGCACCUGUUUCUACUGACAAUACAUAUGCUGUUUCCCAUCUUGGUAGUAAGUACAAUAGCUUAGACUUGAGAAUAGGUUUGGAGGAACGAAGUAGCAUGGCAAGCAGUCCAAUAUCAAGCAUAUCUGCGGAUUCUUUCUAUGCAGAUAUUGACCAUCAUACUUCACGAAAUUAUGUCCUAAUUGAUGACAUUGGAGAAAUAAGCAAAGGAACAGCAGCAUUAAGCAGUGCAUUUAGCCUUCAUGAAAAGGAUCUGUCGAAAACAGAUCGUCUCCUUAGAACCACUGAGGCACGUAGGUCUCAAGAAGUGACGGAUUUCCUAGCACCUUUACAGAGUUCCUCCAGAUUGCAUAGUUAUGUGAAGGCAGAGGAAGAUCCAAUGGAGGAUCCUUAUGAGUUAAAGCUUCUGAAACAUCAGAUUAAGCAAGAAUUCCGCAGAGGGACAGAGAGCUUAGAUCACCUUGCUGGUCUUUCACAUUAUUACCAUGCUGAUACCAGCUAUAGACAUUUUCCAAAAUCUGAAAAGUAUAGCAUCAGUAGACUCACACUUGAAAAACAAGCAGCCAAACAAUUGCCAGCAGCCAUACUUUAUCAAAAGCAGUCAAAGCAUAAGAAAUCACUAAUAGACCCUAAAAUGUCCAAAUUUUCACCCAUCCAAGAAAGUAGAGACCUUGAACCUGACUAUUCGAGCUAUAUGACUUCUAGUACUUCUUCUAUUGGUGGUAUUUCUUCUAGGGCAAGGCUUCUUCAAGAUGACAUCACUUUUGGCCUCAGAAAAAAUAUUACAGACCAACAAAAAUUUAUGGGAUCAUCACUGGGCUCAGGAUUGGGCACAUUAGGAAAUACCAUACGGUCAGCUCUACAGGAUGAAGCAGAUAAGCCAUAUAGCAGUGGCAGCAGGUCCAGACCUUCCUCCAGGCCUUCAUCUGUCUAUGGGCUUGAUUUAUCAAUUAAAAGGGAUUCUUCCAGCUCGUCACUGAGACUGAAAGCUCAAGAAGCUGAAGCUUUAGAUGUUUCCUUUAGUCAUGCAUCAUCCUCUGCCAGAACUAAGCCUACCAGUUUGCCAAUUAGCCAGAGUAGAGGAAGGAUACCUAUUGUGGCACAGAAUUCUGAAGAAGAAAGUCCACUAAGUCCAGUUGGACAACCCAUGGGAAUGGCUAGAGCUGCAGCUGGACCCCUGCCACCAAUAUCUGCAGACACCAGGGACCAGUUUGGAUCAAGUCACUCAUUGCCUGAGGUUCAGCAACACAUGAGAGAAGAAUCACGAACUCGGGGCUAUGACCGUGACAUAGCAUUCAUCAUGGAUGACUUCCAACAUGCCAUGUCAGACAGUGAAGCCUAUCACUUGCGACGUGAGGAAACGGAUUGGUUUGAUAAACCCAGGGAGUCUCGUUUGGAAAACGGACAUGGUCUGGACCGAAAAUUGCCAGAAAGAUUGGUCCACUCUAGACCUCUCAGUCAACAUCAAGAGCAAAUUAUACAGAUGAAUGGGAAGACCAUGCACUACAUCUUUCCUCAUGCAAGAAUAAAAAUAACAAGAGACUCUAAGGAUCACACAGUUUCAGGUAAUGGACUAGGAAUCAGAAUUGUAGGUGGUAAAGAAAUCCCUGGACAUGGUGGAGAAAUUGGAGCCUAUAUUGCCAAAAUUCUUCCUGGGGGAGGUGCAGAACAGACAGGGAAACUUAUGGAAGGGAUGCAAGUAUUGGAAUGGAAUGGAAUUCCCUUAACUUCUAAAACAUAUGAAGAAGUACAGAGUAUCAUUAGUCAGCAAAAUGGGGAAGCAGAAAUAUGUGUAAGACUGGACCUCAACAUGCUAUCGGAUUCAGAAAAUCCUCAGCACCUGGAACUUCAUGAGCCACCAAAAGCUGUGGACAAAGCGAAAUCCCCAGGGGUUGAUCCUAAACAGCUGGCAGCAGAGCUCCAAAAGGUUUCACUACAGCAGUCACCUCUGGUCAUGUCCUCCGUGGUUGAGAAGGGAUCUCAUGCUCAUUCGGGUCCCACAUCAGCAGGAUCCAGUUCUGUUCCCAGCCCUGGGCAGCCUGGGUCACCCUCAGUGAGCAAAAAGAAGCACAGCAGCAGCAAGCCUACUGAUGCAACAAAGGUUGUCUCUCAUCCAAUUACAGGAGAAAUUCAGCUUCAAAUCAACUAUGACCUUGGGAAUCUCAUAAUACAUAUUCUCCAAGCAAGAAACCUAGUCCCUCGAGACAACAAUGGCUAUUCUGACCCUUUUGUUAAAGUCUACCUUCUUCCAGGGCGAGGUCAAGUCAUGGUUGUCCAGAAUGCAAGUGCUGAGUACAAGAGAAGGACUAAAUAUGUUCAGAAAAGUCUUAAUCCUGAGUGGAAUCAAACAGUAAUUUAUAAAAGUAUUUCCAUGGAACAGCUCAAGAAGAAAACUCUGGAGGUGACAGUUUGGGAUUAUGAUAGAUUUUCUUCCAAUGACUUCCUUGGGGAGGUACUGAUUGAUUUAUCUAGCACAUCUCAUCUGGAUAACACUCCUAGGUGGUAUCCACUCAAAGAACAGACUGAAAGCAUUGAUCAUAGCAAGUCUCAUUCCAGCCAGAGCAGCCAGCAAUCCCCAAAGCCAUCUGUCAUCAAAAGCAGGAGCCACGGUAUCUUCCCUGACCCAUCCAAGGACAUGCAGGUUCCUACCAUUGAGAAAUCCCAUAGUAGUCCUGGUAGCUCAAAAUCAUCAUCUGAAGGCCAUCUUCGUUCCCAUGGACCAUCUCGCAGUCAAAGCAAAACCAGCGUCACUCAGACCCACCUGGAAGAUGCAGGGGCUGCCAUAGCCGCUGCGGAAGCCGCCGUGCAACAACUCCGCAUUCAACCAACAAAGCCUACCAAUCACCGGCCUGCAGAAAGCUCCGUGUCUACCGGCUCCUCGGGCAGCAGCUUUGGCAGUGGGUAUAGCGUGGACAGUGAAGGAAGCAGCAGCACUGCAGGGGAGACUAAUCUAUUUCCUAUUCCAAGGAUAGGGAAGAUGGGACAGAAUGGACAAGAGCCUGUAAAACAGCCAGGAGUGGGCGUAGGACUAGCCGAUACUGAAGUUAAAACACAGGUAAUGGGAGAAAUCAAAAUUGCAUUGAAAAAGGAAAUGAAAACAGAUGGUGAACAAUUGAUAGUUGAAAUUCUCCAGUGCAGAAAUAUUACCUACAAAUUUAAGUCUCCUGAUCAUUUACCAGAUUUAUAUGUGAAAAUAUAUGUCAUGAACAUCUCUACCCAAAAAAAGGUGAUCAAGAAAAAAACAAGAGUAUGUAGACAUGAUCGAGAGCCUUCAUUUAAUGAAACUUUUAGAUUUAGCCUCAGUCCUGCUGGACAUUCUCUUCAGAUUUUGCUUUUCUCCAAUGGAGGGAAGUUUAUGAAAAAGACCUUGAUUGGUGAAGCCUGUAUCUGGCUUGACAAAGUGGAUCUUAGAAAAAGAAUAGUCAACUGGCACAAACUUUUGGUCAGUCCUACUCAACCACAUUGA